AUGUUUUUUUUGCACCCACGAGUGGCGGUGCUGGUACGAGGGAAGCCGUCUCCGUGCUGUUCCUCGUUGAGGCGCGCAGCGGCAGGCCGUGCCGAUCGUCCUGUGCCUGCGCAUCGCGUUACCCUAUUCACCGCAGCGCGGGCAGCAGGUAGCAGUGGCGUCUGCAAUGAUCCCGCCCAUUCUCCACAUACAUUGGAAGCAUCAUCAUCAUCAUCAUCCGCAAGGUCAGCAACAUCAGCAGCUACGGAACGUUCAUCCCUCUCACCGACGGAGCUACUGUUUGAAAUAGUGAGUCCACAUGUCGCCUCGGCGCCAUGUGUGUCGAGGAUCGCUACAGUGUACGGCAACCUGCCACCCACGCUCGAAGAGGCCCUGGGUCCCGGCAAACUGCCCCCCAAGGAAGGUUUCUGCAGCACACAUCGUUGGCUUCGUCGCCACUUUGGUACGCUCUCCUACGCACUGCAGCAGUUGCAGGCCACAAACGCGACGAGUCACUGGGGCAUCUACGUCUCGGACGACAAGGUUUACACUGUGAAGGCGCAUAGCAAGGAAGAAGCGGAGGCAGCCUUCUUCACAGCCUGCACGUCGCAGCAGUGCUUCCCUCAGUCUGAGACGGAGAGUCUGCUUGAUGUGUUUCAGCCGGUUUUCCCACGCUUCACGCCGCCGCCACCACCACCAUUGCAGCAGCGUGCCACAAGGAGCAAAAAAAAGGGUCGCGUUCCUGACGGCAUGUUCUCGCCGCAAAUGCUCGUGCCGUACGUGCCGACUUUUUUCAUUCCCAUGAAGGAACUUCUCGAGUUGCUGCCGGAUGGCUACACUACAGAUCACAUUGAGCGUAUCUUUGCCGCCACCGGGGCGCUGGAAAUUGUGCAGCUGGAGGGCGAGCAGUUCGUGCGGCUGCACGGUGGAAAGCGGCUGGUCGACUUCACAUGUGAUGGCGCGGGCGAGGCGGCGCACCAGCGCUGGCGGGAGUAUCAGCCGGACCCGUUUCUCUGUGAGCCCUUCCGUCGGUUGCUGUCACCGUCGCCACGGUGGACCUCGCUCCGCACACUCAUCACCAGCACGCCUGCCAGCCUCCUCCAUGCGCUGCUGCCGUGGAGGAACUACAAGACACUCUUGUUUUUUGCGCAGAUGCAGCACGUCUUCAGCUUCACGCCGGAAGGGGAGGGUGAGGUGUGCUGGCUCGGCCCAGUGACGUGUCUUUCGUACCACGACAGCCCCACGCCGGCGGUCGUGUCGGAGCUGGUGAGUGUGCUCAGCGGGCAGCGGGUGUGCAUCACAGACCUGCUAGGCGCCGUUGCCGCCGGUCGCAUCUCCGACUUCGCCAAGACGCAGAUCAUCAUGUACUACGGCACACUUGUCGAUUUCUUCCGGGCACACGGUGAUGUGUUCCGUCUUGAGGACGGUAUGAUUGUAGGGCUUGUCUCGCACAGGAGCACGACAGACAAGCCCACGAGAACACUCGAGGAUAAGCUGGAGGAGGCGCUCGUGAAACGGGACCGCCGCACUGCCCAGAAGCUGCGACGCCGCAUCGCACUGGAGAAAGAUCCAGACAAUCCCUACGCGGAUCGAGAGGUCCUGCUGGACGCUAUUCUGCGCUACGUACCGCAAAAGCGCUCCAUCUCUCUCAACUUUCUGCUGAAAUCGCUGCCACCGUCCUUGUCGGAUUUCCUCCCCAGCAGGCCCGUCACAAUGUUUCAGCAGGCGCCUGAGAAAGUGCGCCUCUUUGAAUACCGAUACCGCCACCGCCUGCACCUUAUUCGUCCCGGCGUCCCCCUACCUCCCGGCGUCCUUCGGCAGCACUACACGGAGCAGGAGCUGCUCUUUCUCUGCGCAGCCGAGCUGCAGCAGCAGCCACGUACCUCCGUUGACCUUUACGGCCGCCUUCCAUACGGCGCGAAGGAGGUGGUCCGUCUUCAGUUCAAGGGCCUGCUGGAGCUUCUGCAGCCGUACCCACAGUACUUCACGGUGGUGUUCAAGGAUGCGUUGCGCGUAGAUACCCGCUCUGCGUUGGUAACCCUCCUCCAAAUGCCGCCGGGUGUGGAGCUGAGCGAAGAAGAGUACGGUUCCCUUGAUCCCCUCAAGCCUGAUGAGCAAAGAAAACUGGACGACGAGGACAGGGCAGCGAUGCAGACACUCCCACGAGACAUUCAACAGACUAUGCGCCUCACUGACGUCGAGCAGACAGACUUUUGA